AUGGAUUCUGUCUUCUACAUCGCGAGAAAGCUGCCUCAUAUCGUAAUUGAAACAACAGGAUUAGCAAAUCCAGCCCCAAUUAUUCAGACAUUUUAUGCUGAAGGUCAGGUUUUUAGCGAUGUUAAACUUGAUGGCAUUGUUACAAUGGUGGAUGCUAAACAUGCUGGUUUUCACCUUGAUGAGAUUAAGCCUGAAGGAGUAGUAAAUGAGGCAGUAAAGAAAAUUGCUUAUGCAGACCGUAUUAUAGUAAACAAGAACAUAAAUCGUAUGGCUCAAUUGAAGCGAACUAUGGAAAUGUUGACUUGGACUAUGAUCUCGGAAUUGGAGGCUUUGAUCUAG